AUUUUUUUUCCUUCUUUUUUCUUCUAAAAAUGUCAGCUUUUAUAUUCAAGCGAGCCGGUAAUGGAUCCUCACUCAUAUCUCAAUACAGUAGAACCAAAACCAGAGCUUUAUGCUUCUCACAACCUCUUCACAGUUUCCUAGAUUCCAAUCAAAAUUCCAAGGUUUUGGAUUCUGGGUAUUCUUCAAUUUUGCUCAAGUCCCUGAAAAAGCCACGGGGGUCCUUUUGGGCUCUUCAAAAUUCAAGCUUUUUGGGGUCACAAAAUCAACAUUCCUUUCAUUUAAAUCUAAAAGGCUGGAUUUGGGCAGGACAAUUCGGUACACAGGCUGCUAUUGAACCUUGUACGUCUGAUGGGCUUACUGUAGAUGGGAUUACUGGCAGUAAGUGGACAAUACUUGAGGAGAGUGAGAGUGAUUGGAGGAGUCAUGCUGCUGCAACUGCUCAGUCCAUUCAAGUUAUCAAGAAGCGCCUUCAGUGGAAGAAAUUGAUGGUUAGGUUGGAUAUGUUAUCAGUAGAGCUGAAUAAGCCUGACCUUUGGAAUGAUCCUGUCCAUGCUGGUAAGAUAAGCCGUGAACAUGGCUCACUAAUGGGUAAAAUAAAAGAAGUGAAGACAUUUGAGCAAGAACUGCUUGAACAUAUAGAUAUGAUAAAGCUUGCAAGGGAAGAGAAUGACAGUGAGUUGGAAUCGGAAUCAAUGAAAGCAUUGCUAAGGAUGAGAAGAGAUUCAAAAGACAAGGAGCUUGAAGCUUUGUUAGCUGGAGAGCAUGAUUCUUGCUCUUGCUAUAUAGAGGUUCAAGCUGGAGCUGGAGGAACUGAGAGCAUGGAUUGGGCAGCAAUGGUUAUGCAAAUGUAUCAAACCUGGGCUCAACGGCGUGGCUAUGGAGUAACAGUAGUGGAUGAAAUGCCUGGUGAGAUUGCAGGCAUCAAGCGAGCAACUAUCAAAGUUGAUGGUGAAUAUGCUUUUGGAUAUGCCAAAGCAGAAGUAGGAGUUCAUAGGUUAGUUCGUAUCUCACCUUUUGACAGUGGAAAACGCCGGCAUACUUCAUUUGCUGCUGUUGCUGUAAUUCCAAUCCUAGGUGAUGUAUCUACACAUGUACAAAUUAAUGAAUCUGAUCUUCGUAUUGAACGGUUUCGUGCUGGCGGAGCUGGUGGUCAGCAUGUUAACACAACUGAGAGUGCAGUGAGGAUUGUCCACAUUCCCACAGGAAUAACUGCUACUUGUCAAAAUGAAAGAUCACAGCAUCAGAAUAAGGCCUCAGCAAUGGCUGUGCUUCAGUCUCGAUUAGACCAGCUUGAGAUGGCUCAUCAGGCACAGAUGAAUUCCCAGCAUACACAAUCUCUUACUGAGAUAAGUUGGGGCAACCAGAUACGUACUUACGUCCUUCAUCCUUACCGCAUGGUGAAGGAUCUCAGGACCAAUUAUGAGGUCUCUGAUCCUGAUUCUGUCCUAGAGGGAGAUCUAGACGACUUCAUCUUAAGCUACUUAUCUGCUUCAUUGGACAAAGAUGACGAUGAACAAUAAGAUUAGCAGCUAAAUUUUUUGUUGAAACAUGCAGAUCAAUAUGUGGAGCUGCAUGCCCAAAUACUUCCAGCUUGUGAUACGGCCAUAGUAUAGCUGCAUGACUUGCAAGGCAGUAGGCUGCUACGGCAAUCCACGUCAUGCAUGAUUUUUGCAUUUUCACCUCUGAGAUACGUUAUGUUAGCUGAUCUGAUAGAGCCAUUGGCAUUUGUGUAUACAUAUUUAGUACAAGAAUUAGAGGAGAAUACUAACUAAUGAUGAAGCCAUAUAGCAUUACUUCUUUUAUCACAUAAUAAUAUAUGUAGUUCAGUUUAUUCUUCUAAAAAUCUUUGUUUUCUGUAAAUUUAAGGUAAUCACAUAAAAGAAACACAUACUUUACUUCAUGCUUGUAGGAAACAGUCGAUAGGAUUCGGUAGAGGAUAAAACAUUAUAUUAAAUUAGGGAUAGUAAUGUACAGUAAAUAAAUGAUAUCCGUGAUGGAUUCAGAGUAAAUAUG